AUUUUUCUCCAUAACAGGCCUAUGUACACAGUUCACUUUUGUUUAGAAAAUACGAACAGCUGAAGAUUCAUCCAAGGAAACAAAAUGUCUGAGAAAAAUAACUGUACCAACGGAAGAGCUAAACGUCCAUUCCUCAUAGGAGUAGCUGGAGGUACUGCUUCUGGAAAAUCAUCAGUAUGCGAGCGUAUAGUGGAGGCUCUUGGCCAGCAGAAACUGGACAGCAGACAGCGUAAGGUGACGGUCAUCAGCAUGGAUAGCUUCUACCAGGACGUGGUCACUAACGAGGCUGCACCAGGGUCUUACAACUUUGAUCAUCCAGAUGCUGUUGAUGAGAAGAUGAUGAAAAAGACCUUGUCUGAGCUCCGAGCCGGUCAGCCUGUCAGAGUGCCCGUUUAUGACAAAGUCAAAAACUCAAGAACGGAUUUUACCCAGAUAUACCCAACAGACGUAGUGCUUAUAGAGGGCAUUCUUGUAUUCUACUUCAAGGAGAUCCUAGAUAUGCUUGACAUGAAACUCUUUGUCGACACUGAUGCAGACACAAGGUUAUCAAGAAGAGUGAUGAGAGAUGUGCAAGAGAGGGGCAGGGACCUAGACAAGGUGCUGGUGCAAUACGUCAAAUUUGUGAAGCCCGCUUUCGAAGAGUUCUGUCUCCCGACCAAGAAAUAUGCAGAUGUUAUCAUUCCCAGAGGUGCAGAAAAUUCAGUUGCCAUUAAUCUGAUCGUCCAUCACAUACGAGACAUUCUCAAUGGGGGCAUCAAAACGGAGUACCAGAACGGCAAAGCCAAGCUCAUCGAUGGCCUUUCGACCCCCAUGCACACGUCUACGCUCAUCCCGUCUGGCCCUGUGGGAAGGAAAGCGUCAGAAUCAGGAGGGCGCCCCCAUUAGUCCACCGAAGGACAGCCAUGUGCAUGCUCUAUUGAUAUGUGUGCACGAUCACUCACCCACUCAUCAGGGACAUUUGUUAUCUGUAGAAAGAAACGGGGUGGCUGAGUUUUAAUCGGCUGAUAACACUGGGAGUCUGGGAUAGGGUGACUUCAUCAUGACCUUCAAAGAGCACUUCCUGUCUUGUAUUAAUGUAUGAUAUACCAUAAUGCCAAGGAUAUGAGUCUACUAGAAGAGGUACCAUACUUUCUUAUAGAUGGAUAUCAUGUGUGAGUGUGUGUCUAAAAUGAAUGCAUGAGUGUGUGUGUGUUUUGCAGAAUUGCAAAGAAAUGAUUAAGUGGCAAGUUUGACCUUCUUGAGCUGAGGAUGCUAAUGUGUGUGCAUGAAGUUAUCAAUAUUUGUGCUGAUCCUCAACAAAUAUAUCUUGAAACAGUUCCGUCAUAACUUGCUGGUAAAAAAAAAAGUUUUAUUGUAACCCAUGUUUUCCUGCGUUGAUGUCCUCAAAUUACUUUGGUUUUUGUGAUAUAUUAUUGGUGAAAAAUUGACUGAUAGUUGAACCUGCUGAGCGCUAGAAGGACAGUUGAUUGCUUCUAUUUAACACCCUUCUGGCUGUCAGCAGACGCUAUGUUGGGAUAUCAAAGUCACAGAAGAGGAGCAAACUUUGUUUUCUUUUUUUAUGUGGGUGAGUGAUAUUGAAGUAAGAAUUGACUUUAAUAUCCUGGAUAACAUGCUGCUGCGUUUGCCCACAAGUAAUGGAUCACGUACGUGUACAUGUAUAAGUUAUCCAUUGGUAUAUGAAUUCACGGUCGCAUUCUUAAUGACAUACUUGAUGGCAUACUUGAUGGCAUACUUGAUGGCAUACUUGAUGGCAAUCUUGAUGACAUACUGAAGUUACCAAGAUUCACAGGCUGAAAAUUUAAAGGCUGUGAAAAGUUCUCAUUGAUGUGAGAAAACAUUCCUUCUGAAUCAUGUUAUAGAGAGGAUAGAGAGAGAGA